UGUUUUCCAAUGAAUUAAUUACACCUAUCAUUGUAAUGAAAUGCUACCAUGAAUAACAUUUCGACAUUUUCAAAUUUGUCCCUCCACAUCAUCCUUGGAUAUUAGCAGAUUUGCGUGAAUAGAUUUUCUUUUCACUGUCUUUUUGAGGAUCAUGCAAAAUCAGAGCUUUGUCACAGAGUUCUUACUCCUGGGGCUUUCACAGAAUCCAAAGGUUCAGAAAAUAGUAUUUCUUGUAUUUUUGUUGGUCUACAUCGCAACUGUUGGGGGUAACAUGAUGAUUGUGGUUACCAUAAUAUGCAGCCCUGCACUGCUGGGCUCCCCCAUGUACUUCUUCUUGGCAUUCCUGUCCUUCCUGGAUGCAUGCACUUCCUCCGUCAUCACACCAAAAAUAACUGUGGAUGUGCUUUAUGAGAGGAGAACUAUUUCCUUUGAAGGAUGCAUGACACAAGUCUUUGCUGUCCAUUUCUUUACUGGAGUGGAGGUGAUUAUUUUGACAUCCAUGGCCUAUGACCGCUAUGUGGCCAUUUGCAAACCCUUGCACUACACUUCUAUCAUGAACAGGAGGAUUUGUGGCAUUCUGGUGGGGGUAGCCUGGGCUGGGGGAUUCUUGCAUUCUCUCAUACAAAUUAUCUUUAUUUCGCAACUGCCUUUUUGUGGACCCAAUGUCAUCGAUCACUUCUUAUGUGACUUAUUCCCAUUAAUGAAGAUUGCCUGCACUGAUACUCAUAGGUUGGUCAUUUUGGUGUUUGCAAACAGCGGAUCUUUCUGCAUUAUCAUCUUCUUCUUGUUGCUUGUUUCAUAUGGUGUCAUCUUGUUCUCUCUGAGAGCUCAUAGCUCUGAUGGAAGACGCAAAGCUCUAUCCACCUGUGGAUCCCACAUUACUGUUGUGGUUAUGUUCUUUGUUCCAUGCAUAAUAAUAUAUGCAAGGCCUACAUCUGCUUUCUUCUCUGAAAAAAAUGUGUUUUUAUUUGCCACUAUCCUGACACCAUUGCUAAAUCCUAUGAUUUACACUUUUAGGAAUAAAGAAAUGAAAAAUGCCAUUAGGAAAAUGUGGAAGAGAUUGAUAGUGGUUUAUGGUAUAUCUUAA